CAAUCUUUCUUUUUCACUAUGGCCACUACUGCUACCACCCCUGCCACGACUGUUGUUUCCAAGACUCAAGACGCUGAUCUCCAAAUUGCUGCUUCUCUUGCCGCCAAGAUGAAUGACCUCAAGAUGUCUGAACAAGACGAACCUCUUCUCAGGCCUAAUCCUCGUCGUUUCGUUCUCUUCCCCAUCAAGUUCCAUGAGGUCUGGCAGAUGUACAAGAAGGCUGAAGCAUCCUUCUGGACUGCUGAGGAAGUAGAUCUUUCCAAGGACAUGCAUGACUGGGAAAACCGUUUGACAGAAGAUGAACGAUUCUUCGUUUCACACAUCCUGGCCUUCUUUGCUGCUAGCGAUGGUAUUGUGAAUGAGAACCUCUUGGAACGUUUCUCGAAUGAGGUCCAGAUCCCUGAAGCAAGAUGCUUUUAUGGCUUCCAAAUCAUGAUUGAGAAUGUUCAUUCAGAGAUGUACUCUCUUCUCAUUGACACCUAUGUCAAAGAACCUGCUCAACGCGACCAUCUUUUUGAUGCCAUCGAUACUAUUCCUUGCAUUCGCAAGAAGGCUGCCUGGGCCAUGAAGUGGAUUUCUGACCAGGACGCAACCUUUGCUGAACGUUUGGUCGCCUUUGCUGCUGUUGAAGGCAUCUUCUUCUCUGGCGCAUUCGCUUCCAUCUUUUGGCUCAAAAAGCGUGGUCUCAUGCCUGGUCUGACCUUCUCCAACGAACUCAUCUCGCGUGAUGAGGGUCUCCACACUGAUUUCGCCUGCUUAUUGUUCUCAUUGUUGAGAUCUCGUCCUGACCAAAAACGUGUCAAUGCUAUCAUUACAGAGGCUGUUGUGAUCGAACAAGAGUUCUUGACCGAUGCUCUCCCUGUGAUGUUGAUUGGUAUGAAUGCCAAGUUGAUGAAACAAUACAUUGAGUUUGUGGCCGAUCGUCUCUUGGUCGCGCUCGGAAACCCAAAACAUUACAAUGUUGAGAAUCCUUUUGACUUUAUGGACUUGAUCUCUCUUCAGGGCAAGACCAACUUCUUUGAGAAGCGUGUCUCGGAUUACCAGAAGGCUGGUGUCAUGUCUGCUUCUGCUGCAGACAAGAGCGCCAACACUUUUACUCUCGACGCCGACUUUUAAAAUAUAUAUAUUUUUUUAACCUUGCAUUUUUCAUAUACUUUUUCUGUACAGUACCUAUUAUUUUUUUUACUAUAUCCUUUACUAUUUCCUUUUUUAUCACACCAAAAUCUCUAGUGAGAUGAAUGUGAAUGAUGCAGACAGAAAAAAAAAAGUGUAAAUAAAGUAUGAAAAUAAAAAUCCUUCAGUUCCAAG